AUGAAGCUGUCUCUGCCGCGAGCUGCGGCUCGGCCAGGCCUCGGAGGGCGCAAUUUUCAAGUCUGGGUCGGUGCCACAUCUUUGCGGACAGUCUCUCCAAUUCCAUCGAGCCGGUUCCCUGCGACGGGCUACCAACACCGCUCACUAAGACCGAUCAGCCAUGCGACAGCGUCCACCCCAUUCAAACCAACAACUCGCGAUGCCAACGACGAAUACACAUACACCUCCAGCCCAAAUGACAGCCAACUCGCCUCAACCCAGUCUACACGGACGCAGAUACCUCCCACCACCUCAAUCUCUGAAAAAGUCCGCCUUCUCAUGCGCCAGGUUCCUUAUCCCGUAGCCAUCAUCACCGCCACCGAUCCCACCGGUCCCGCCAACACCACCUCCUUCCGCGGAAUGACCGUCUCUUCCUUCAACACCGUGACGCUCCAUCCCGAACCCGUCAUCUCCUUCAACGUCCGUCGUCCUUCAGAAACACUCAAUGCGUUGGCAGAGUCCGGCCGAUUCCUCGUGCACUUACUUUCUUCCAGUCCCGCCACCGCAACCCUCGCCAGAGACUUUUCCAAAGGAAACACCACUCUCGCAUCAAUACUGAAUGGCCACGGAGACUUUGAAUUCUCCUUAUUCAACACCAGUGGCGACGGACACACGCACCGGCACUCAAAGCAGCCGCUGCCCUUGUUGAGGCGGCGCUUGUCAGACGCAAGCCGUCCAUCAUUGGAUUUUCCCUUUGUGUUCGAGUGCAAGCUCCAUCGGGAAAUGAUCGAUGUGCAUGAUCAUUCAAUUGUGUUGGGCACGGUGGUGCGAACGAUACAGGCUGAUGAUGCGAUGCUGAUCCAACAAGGUGCCGCGAAGGCGGAACAUGAUCCUUCGUCCGAGCAUCUGUGUCUGACUUAUGCUAAUACAAAAUUCUGGAACAUGGGUCGCGAGAUCUAG